AUGCUUGAAUUUAGAACGAAUGCAGGCUUUGACGGAGCAAGAAGAGUCACAGAGAAGCUGCUAAGCAUGAGGGCCACCUCAGACAUAUUUGGCCUGUCUGAUGGGUCGCUUUGGAUGCACAACAAGCCCAUGUGGAUGCAUCGUAUGACUUCAUGCCUCGGACAUUGGUCAGCUAUGCUUUGAUCCACCACUUCUAGAGUUGUCCCCUCAUUCCAAUGAUGCCAUACCUGCCAGUAUAUAACAUGAAAUCUUUGAUAUUUAUCCAUAUUCAUGCUUCUAUCUAAAUGCUUCUAUCUUAGUCAUCACAUUCAUGGAAACAUCUUAGUUAAUAUGAUCCAUUUGAGGAAAUACUUACAUAGCUCACAAGAUCAAUUGGAUUUUCCGAAUCACAUGACACAAUGUUGUUCCUUUGACCCGUUACUAUCUCAAGAGUUAGAAUGCCAAAGCUAAACACAUCCAACUUUGGUGAGAAGUGACCGCGUAUCACAUACUCUGGUGCCAUGUAGCCGCUGCAUGCAGAAUUGGAAAAUUAGUAUAAUUUUUGAAAUCAUACUGAAGAACAAUAUGAUAACCCCAAUAAACUGGCUAGUAGAGAUUCAGCGCAGGAGAGAUAUACUGAGUGCCUGCGAUCCGACUAGUGUUCCGAUGGGUCUCAUCCAUGCCGAAGAGCUUGGCGAGGCCAAAGUCAGAGAUCUUUGGGUUCAUGUUCUCAUCUAGCAACACAUUGCUGGCCUUUAGGUCUCGAUGAAUGACUCUCAGCCUCGAGUCUUCGUGAAGAUAGACAAGCCCUCUAGCAAUUCCUUCUAUAAGCUUGUAUCUCCUCUCCCAGUCUAGAACGUGGCGCUUGAUAGGAUCUACCAUGAACAUGUAGAAAACGUGAUUAGGAUCAUCAGAUGUGGGUAGAUCACUUUGAAAAAAGCCCAUGUCUAUCUAGUUCAAGUUGGCAAAGGAUACAAAGCCCAUAUUAGAUGAAAUAGAACGUGCAAUGGAGCAGGGGUCAGGACUUGCAAGAAACUACGACAGAAAAUAAUAUUCAUAUUUUCCUAUUUAAUAAUGUGAUUAAAUAGAAAAUAAAUCAUGAAAGAGGAAGUUUAGGAGGCCUAAGUACCAAAUAGGAAAUUGUCGAGGCUUCUAUUAGGCAAGUACUCAUAGAUCACCAUCUUCUCCUCCUCUUCCAAGCAAAAUCCUAACAGCCUGACAAGAUUCCUGUGCUGAAGCUUGGCGACCAAGACGACCUCGUUUCUCAGUUCAGCCAAGCCCUGCCCGGAACGUUUAGAUAGUCUUUUCACCGCUAUUUGUUGCCCAUCUGGUAAAAGUCCCUGUGUAGAAUCAAGAACUUUGCAUUAGUGGAAUAUUUAAAAUAAAUAUUGAAAAUAUGAUGUAUUUCUCACACUAGUGAAAUAUUACCUUGUAAACUGGACCAAAUCCGCCUUCUCCAAGCUUAUUAGCUUCAGAGAAGUUUCUGGUGGCAAUUUUAAGCGUUCGAAAGUCAAAAAGUAGAGAUUCUGCUGUUAUAACCUCCUGAUCUUUGACAAGAUCUGAGGAGAGAAAUCAGAACUAUUUAGAAAAAUAUCGAAUAUUUUUUUAUGGAUAUUAUUGACAUUUCAUAUCGUGGAAGACUCACUAAGUGGCAACCCUUUUGGAAUCCUUCUUCUGAAAUGA